UCUUAACGGCUCAAACUGUCAUGGGUAUCGAAGGCGAUGGCAAAAGGAGGGCCGACGAGACGCGCAUUCGCAGGCUGCAGAAGAUUUUAGGCAGCAAGCGCGCCUCCCCUACUCUCUCCGGGUGCUCGGAAGUAGAGAAUGAUCCGAUUAAGAAGCUCAGCACCGCGACGCAAAGCGCCCUCAAUGAUCUAAAGCUUGAGGUUUCUAAGAUGAGGAACGAUUUGGAAAAGCUCACAGAGGAAGUUCACGCAGCAAAGAAGCUCGAGGCUGAAUCUAAAGGGACAGCGUUAGACAUGGAGAAGCGUUUCACUGCUCAGAUGGAGGAGUUCCAAAGGAGCCUUGCAUCGCUACGAGGAGAGGUACACCUCUAGCGUCCGGUUUGAUCCUCUAACCAGGCUGAUAAUCUCUCUGGAUUUGCCAGGGACUCAAGCGUUGACAAGCUCGCCAAAUCUAAGGAAGUCAAAUGCGUCCAGUCGAAACAUCGGCCCAACAAAGAGUCAUACCAUCAAUGGCUG